UCAUUUCCGGCUGGUCUAGCUCAAAUGCGAGUGGGAAAUCUUACUCGCGUUUGAAGGGAAAUGUAUUACAGCAGCCAGUUGUUGCACGGGGAAAUUUAUUAGCUCUACAGGCCGUCGGAAGUCAUCAGCACUUUGGAUUUACCUCUGCCGUAGCAGAAACAAGGAAGUCAGCAGCACAGCACGCUCGUUUGCAUCCAGGUUUGACUUAACUGAAUGUUUACGAGAAUAAUAUGAAUGUCACUAAAGCUUUCUGAGGUUGUAUGGAAUGCAGCUGGGCAGACUCCAUGUGUAUUGCUGGAUCCUGGCCUUUUGACGGUGCUUGCUCAUAUGAAACUGAUCUCUCACUGCUCUGCAAAGUGGUUGUUUUUAUGUCCAUGUAAACUCCCUGAAAAAGGACCCAAGAGUGAACAGUUGAACAAAAUGAAUUUUGGACCUUGGAUUAGUUGCGAACGAAUGGCUGUCCUACAUGGUGGAUUCUUAUUGGCUGAAAAACAAUAUCAUCCGAAAACCUUAGCAGCAUUAAACAAAUCUGAAUGGGGAACCAUUGGUCAGCAUGUAAUACGUGCUUUUGAGGAAAGUUGUAAAAUUAUUAGUGAUCCAGGUGAAAAAACACAGUGGAAAAAAAAAGUAAUUGCAUUCAUUUGGGCAAAAGUGCUGAGCUUCAAACCUGAUACAUCAGGUAAUGAUGUUGACCACAAAUGGAAAAGUGAUAUCUUCUUCUCUGUGCAUACCAUGAUUCCAAAUGUAAAUUAUGUCACUUUGUUGGAGCUUGUUAAGUCUUUGCAGGCAUCAGAACUGUUUGUGCAACUUCUGAUGGCAUUACCCCCGGAAAGGUCCGUUUCAGAAUUGAAGACGUUUGCAGAUCAUGCUCUUAAUGAGGUCUCUCUCACUGACAUUGACUUCUUUUUAGACUUGUGGCAGGAGAUCAUGAAGUACAAGAAAGAGCAGCAAGAUGAAAUAGACUCUGUGUUUGCUGCUGAGGCAUGUAGGUUUUUAUCAGAUGUAGGUGAUGAGUUCUCUCAGUCUCCAAAAAGAUUUAAACCAAACAAUGAGUCUGGUGUCUUGGAUUCUCCUGGUAUCUGUAUCCCUGGAAUACUUUUUGAUUGUCUGCAGAUGAUGGUAUCAAGCAUUGUGUCUUUAAAGUUUAAAUGUUGUGCUUUGGCCAACUUGGCCCAAAUGCUGUUCACAACCAUGUUAUCGGAAACCGAUUAUUACCUGCCUAUUGAUCUCUAUCUGCAAAAACUUGCCAUUGUUAUUUCAGUUUGGAAUGCAAGUAGUGAACAGCAAAGUGAUGAGAAGUGCUCAGUGGCAAAAGUAAAGGAGGCAGAGAAGGUGGUAAGAAGUGCUCAUACUGCCUCUAAUUAUAAACUUUCUAAUACAACUAGGAUUUUUGGACUCCAGGUUUUCUCUGAACUUCUCCACUCCUGGAGCUUGGAACUGAAAGAAGCAACAGACCUCACUGCAGAGUAUACAUAUCAGCGAUACAGAAUGAUAGAUUGUUUUGUAUGUUUUAAUAAAAUAUUGUCUAGUUACAGAAGCUUCCCUGACUUAUCUGAGGCUGAUAAAGAAUGUGCAGCUGACGUCUGUCAGACCAUUACUGAUUUUCUAGAAAACUUAAGCUUUCCAGUUUUGGAAGGUAAAGCUAUAUUAUUUGCAGUUGCUGUUAUAAUCAUUGAUGAAAGAAUGGAUCGAUACAAAGAAGUGUGCAGUGUGUUUGCAUCAGCGAGUAGCUGGGCCUCUUCUACAGAGGAAUGGAUAUCUUGCAUAGAGAGAAAUAAGGUAAUUUUCACUGAACAGAAUUUGGUUUUGAAAUUAAUAGCAGCAGUUAUGUCCGAAGCCUGCUUGGGAAGCAGCAAUGAUAAAUUGAAAAGAAUAAUGGCAGUUACUUUAGACUGCUUUUCUGAGCUUUCUGUUGUAGAUCAGAACAGUAUCCUUGUGCAUAUUAUUUCCGCUUAUGGCCCUAAAGGUCUUUGUACUCGUACUGGCAUUCCGGAGGAUUUCCAGAAAGAGCUUAACUUGUCUUUUAACUGUAUCACUCAAAGUGAAGGGGAUCUUACUAUCACAAAAGCAGCUUCAUCUGUGGCCAGGGUCCUGUUACUUCAUCCAGAAGCGACACUGCAGAAGGCUUGUCACCUUGCUGUUGUAAAUCUUGGUGCUCAAAAACUUCUGGCUGAAAUAUUGAAGAAUCUUCUAGCACCAUCUGCAAAAGAAUGUUCCAGUUCAGUUACACUUGGGAGUUUACUGAUUGGCUGUCUGAAAGAAGCUGCUUGGGAAAAGCUUACCUCUGACAUAGAAGUGACUCAGUUUUUAGAUUUUUUAAGCUCUCUGAUGCAGCCAUAUGAAUCCAGUUGUCCUCUCCUUUGUCCUAACGAUGUUGUAAAGCACUUUGUUCUUCCUCAUUUAAUGGAAAAUUAUAGCAACCUUGAACUAAGUCUCCAGAUUCUAAAAAGAGCUUUACAUCAAGACUCUGGCAAACAACUCACUGAGCAAUGGAUAAUAAACACUUCCCCAUUUCCUCUUGUCUUUUCUUUGUGCUGUCUUCUGGACGGCUUCAUUAAGUGCUGGCAGGAGGGAUCAGGAGAAGUGCACCCACCCUCCAUAGAAACUAGAGACCUACUAAUAUAUGUACUUGAGCAAAUAUGCAGCCUAGCUGAACAGGUAGCAGCAGCCUUCCCAGAAACACGAUCUCGGUCCCUCUUAUGGCUGCACAGGAAAACUGAAAACCUUGACUGGACUGUGCGCCUGAGGCUAAGAAGUAUUUACUGUGGGUAUUUUAAAAAUGAAGUACCUAGUACAUUAUUUGAAGUGUGCAAGCUGUCAGAUUAUGAGUGGUCACCACUUAAUAUUUCCGAGUAUGGGCAGGGGACGGGACUUCUAGCAUGGAUGGAGUGUUGCUGCUCAUCGGCAGAUGUGAUGGAAGAAAUGAUUUCUUCAUUAAAUGUUGAUCAGAAAAAUCCUGAUGAAAUCAACAUGUUUAGUAAGGGUUUUCUAAUUGCUCUAGUGCAAGUUAUGCCAUGGUGCAGCCAAAAUGAGUGGAAACGUCUUGCUUAUGUUGUGAAAAAACUUUUGCAAAAAGAGUAUCUUCAUGUGCCUUAUACCUUAGAAUAUGUUACAGUUAUGCCUCUACUUAACCUUCGACCUUUUGCCUGUGAGCUGCAAUUUUCUGUCUUGUUGCUUAGAGCAUUUCAGUUUCUUUGUAGUAAGAGUUGCUCAGACUGGUUACCAGUACAGGGUUGGACUUAUGUUGCAAAACUGUAUUCUAACAGCAUCAGUGACGUUUUGGAAUCUGUGAAGAGCAAAUGCACAUUGCAAGAAACUAAUGAAGACCAGAAUGCAAACCUGGCACAGGAAUGUAUAUUUGUCUUUAUCCAGUUAUUUUGUCAUGUGCUUCACAUAACUGUUAUGAUGCCUGAAGGCACAACAGAACCACUUUAUGUGUUAGCAUUAAAAGUCCUUUCCCAAUAUGAGGCACAGUGCAUGAUGGAUAAUUCUGCCAUUCAGGCUCUUACACGUGCCAAUGAGAAAUACUUCUUGCAGUCUAUCGCGGAACAUAUGAAAAAUGAGGAACAAAGAACUACGUUGUUACAGAAGAUCAGCAAAUUCUGAUUGUGCCUGACUGCCUUGGUGUGUAACUGAAAUAGAUAUGAUCUUAAUGCUUCUGAUAUGUUGCUAGAGACUGGUACUCAUUCAGUAAGUCGGCUCCACUGUAUAGAUUUUGAGAGCUUCAUUAGGUUUUCAUAAACCUAUUCUGUGUAUUAUAGUCCGUUAAAACACCAUAUGCAACGCCUCAUGUUUUUUGCAAUUGGAUACCACAGGAGUGCAAUGCAGCUGUGCAACUUCUAAUGUCAUGACCCCAGACCCCAGCUUCAGAGAUACUGCAUGUUUUUCUAGACAGCAUACUCUUCUAGUACUGAUAAGGGAAAACAACCAAAAAAACAAAAUGAAAAACAGGUCUGAGCAGAAAAAAAGAUGGACACAAUCUGAAAAAAUACAAUAUGAACUGUGGAAAACAUUCCAGGGUCUUUUUUAAAUUUAAUUCUAGCUCAUCUCACUGCAGAAUCCUAAUGACACAUACAGCAUAUGUAUGGUUACACCCACCCCCAAACUACAUACUGUGACUGUAGGCAACAUUUUAAUCCUUUGUCAGCACUGUGGACCUUCUGGCCUCACAUGAGGGAAAUAGGGAUUUAAGACUUCACCUCAAGCUUUCUGACUUUACUUUCAGCAUAAGUAGGGUGCAUUUUGUAAAAGGUACAUGUUUGUAUCUGUUACUGUGCUUCAUUUGCAUAAAUGAAUGCCUUUUCAGCCUAGUAUAAUUAAAUACUAAAAUAAAUCAUAGACUUUA